UCAAAAGUGUUUGGCUGGUUGGCUGCUGAGUGAAAAUCUCAAGUGUGAAAUUACUAAAGAAAAGGAAUUUUCUUGGUUUGCAGGCUAAUUUUGGCAGAGAGACCCUUCUCCAGUUCUCCACCAUCCAAUCGCCUCUGCGCAAAAAGAAGAAAGAAAGAAAAUUUUUCUCAUAUAGAAUCUCCACUUCUUGCUGCGCAACGAACUCUCAAGUCCCCAACAGAAACAGAACAAGAAAAAAAAAAAAAAGAGUCUGUUCUUCCUCCGUCUUUCCCCUCUGCUCUUUCUUUCUGUUUUUGGUUUUGGGGCUAACUUCUAUUUUGUUGGUUUUCCUGAAAUGAAAGCUUCACACUUUCCCUCGCUCUGAAACGAACCCACAUCGCCAUUUCUUUUCCCGCUCCGGUUCUGGGUUCAUCGAUCGCCUCAGUCUUGUCCUUCAUGAUGCGAGGAUCAAGCGGUAUACACACUGAAGGAGAACUGAAGGUAAGUUUUGGCUACCAAUGCAAUGGCAAUGGUUAUGAAACCCAAAAUCCAGAACCUAUCCUCCAAAGGAACAGCAGCUUCUCUUGUCUAUCAGGUGCUGCUUUAAGUGCUAAUACCACAUUGGCCAACACAAACAUGUGCAAUGGUCUCAUAGGUGCAGAGAUUCUCCCCAGUUGGGACUCCCCUACUUCCUUCCGAAGGAUCCCCUCGUCUUCAUCCACUUCCAAGCUCGACAUACUGUCAUCUUCUCUCCAAAGCACUGGGUCAUACUUGAGCUGCAGCCCAUCUUCUCCAAGCCAACUUGACUAUGAAUCCUUGAGUUCACCUUCGAAAUGUGAAGGAUUUCUGAACACCAUGGAAGUUCAAGUGGCUGGUGGAGCUGCUGGUGAAGACAGAGUUCAAGCUGUUUGUUCUGAAGAAAAUGGGUGGCUCUUCUGUGCUAUCUAUGAUGGAUUCAACGGAAGGGAUGCUGCUGAUUUUCUGGCCGGUACAUUGUAUGAAACUAUCAUAUUUCAUACUAACUGGCUGGACUGGGAUUCGAAUCAAGAUGUUGUCAAGGCUCCAAAUGUAUGCCCUAAUGCUUUCCUUCAGUGUGGCAUUGAAGAGGGGAAUGAUACUUCUCAUGGGACUCAGGAUAACCAUGAUUCGGGAGAUUCCUUCAGGCACAAGGUACUCGAUAGCUUACAACGUGCGGUUGCCAAGGCUGAGAAUGAUUUCCUGUACAUGGUAGAGCAUGAAAUGGAGGAUAGACCAGAUCUCGUCUCGGUGGGUUCUUGUGUGCUGGUUGUUCUUCUUCAUGGGAAGGAUUUGUAUACCUUGAACUUGGGUGAUAGCAGAGCUGUGUUGGCCACAUAUGAUGAAGGCCAUAAUAAGAGACUAAAGGCGAUCCAGCUGAGUGAUUCCCACACUGUGGAUAAUGACCUCGAGAGAGCUCGGGUUCUUAGUGAGCAUCCUGAUGACCCUGCAACUAUUGUUGGAGGCAAAGUAAAGGGCAAACUGAAGGUCACUCGAGCUUUUGGAGUUGGUUACUUGAAAACGAAGAAGCUGAAUGAUGCUCUGAUGGGUAUCCUCCGUGUCAGAAACCUAGUAAGCCCGCCGUAUGUCUCCACUGAACCAUCUUUGAAUGUGCACAGAAUAUCAAAAUCGGAUCACUUUGUGAUAGUAGCAAGCGAUGGCCUUUUCGAUUUCUUCACCAAUGAGGAGGCCGUGGAGCUUGUCCAUUCCUUUAUGGUGAGCAACCCUUCUGGUGAUCCUGCAAAGUUUGUGUUAGAACAGCUAGUCAAGAGAGCUGCUGCAUGUGCAGGAUUUAGCAUGGAGGAACUGAUGAACAUCCCAGCUGGUAGGAGGAGGAAAUACCAUGAUGAUGUCACUGUGAUUGUGGUCAUCCUUGGAACAAACCAGAGAACCUUGAAGGCCUCAACAUUUGUAUGAGAGGCUUCUGUUGUUCCUUUAUGAUAUCCUGUACAUGUUUUAAGGUUUUGACAAUCAAAAGCCUCCCAAGAUUAGUCUUCUGUAAAUAAGUAGGGGAACCUUUCUUGCAGGGUUUUUUAUUUAUUUUUUCUUUCUCUAUGAAUGUUUCUUUGGAAUAAGAGACCCAGGAAAACCCAUUUUUGAUCUUUUUGGAUGGGAAGUUCUACAGAAUUCCCACCUAGAAGGCUAUUGCUUUAGGGUUGCUUUUUUGGCCUUUCGGUUUGGUUGAUCUUUUAUUUGACUGGUUUUCCAUUAGCUCUAAGCAGCAUCAUGAAUAGCCGCUUUUUACUCAUUAUUGAGAAUCUUUGCCCCUAUCAUCCAUGGCCAGCCAUUGUGGAAACCUAAAACUAUCUGCAACCCUUGUUUGAAAUAGGACAUUGCCAGAAAGUAUGUUUAUUGUGUUCUCUUUUUCUAGGAGCCAUUGUCAAUGGGUUCAUUCUGGCUUUAGAUUCUUUUUCCUUUUUGGUAGAAAGACAGGAUGCCUAAUUCAUUGAUCACAAUUUGCAGAGGGGCAGAUGAUAGCUCCUUUUAGCUAGACAAUCUGCUUAAGUUUUCCCUCUUAC